AUGUCUGGUCCCACCAUGGACAACGACUUCCAGCUAUUUUCUCCACGUAACUCUGGUGGAGAUGAAUCACGAACAAAUGGUCACUUAAUGUCACAUCAAAAUGGAGAGAAUGUGAAUCAAGAUUGGACUCAAUGGAUGCGAUGGGAUGAACCGAUGUUCUCGGAAGGCGACCAGAAACCAAUGGGCUCAUCUAUAGAUCUGCCCUCUAUUUCUCCUCAUACCGACAUGAGCUCACCGUCCCAAAAUCAAGCUUUCUCCCCACAUCUGCCUCUCGGGUUGAUGGAAAUUCCAUCUCAGCAGAACAACAACGUCCACGGUCACCCAAGUAGCUUUUCGCAGAGCUGGGGAACAAACCAGCAACCACAGUCUGGUCUUGUGUCUCCCAUUUCCAGUGUUGGAACUAGUCGGAAGCGAAAGACAGGCAGUGACGACGAUGCCACUACAGUGACGGGUCCAGUGCAACCAGGCAAGAAGAUGCCAGCCAAAAAGCGCGCUCACAACGUCAUUGAGAAGCGGUAUCGAGCCAACUUGAACGACAAGAUUGCGGAACUUCGCGACAGUGUACCAAGCCUUCGAACAAAUAAGACCGGAGGUUCCGCUGAUGACGAUGACGAAGCGGAAGCAAAUUCUGCGAGCAAGCUCAACAAGGCUUCUAUCUUGUCAAAGGCCACCGAAUACAUUAAACAUCUUGAAAUUCGCAACAAACGUCUGGAAGAUGAAAACACUGGUUUAAAGAACCGCCUUCGCCAGGCCGACAAGGCCGCUGAUCAGGCUGCCACAUCAUCCGCAUCUGUUUCCUCGCCCAGCAACUACGCCUCGACCGACUCCGGCUCCGGUACAUCCCCUAGUGUGUUCUCCCAGGCUGAAGAGAUUUCCAGCGAGAGCUCUCACAGCUCCCACAACCCUCCCGAGGGACUACUCCCAGUUUCCGAUGCGUGGAAGCGGAUGCGAGCAGAGACUGCACAACAAGGAAUCUUCGCCGAGUCAUAUAUCAAGUACCCAUCAUCUUCAGCCCACCAACCUCAGUAUGCCAGGGAGGACACCUCUCGUCGGCGUUCAAGAAUGCCCAACAAAUACAUGCUGGGAGCGCUAGCUGGCCUGAUGGUUCUCGAGGGCAUGGGCUCUGAUGACUCCGAGAGCGAGUCAAAGGGUCUCUUUGCACUUCCCAUGCGCCUUCUGGGCCGUUUACAAACACGAAAUAUGGCACACUGGGAAUAUUACCUGAAGCACUUCUGGUACUCGUGGCAGGCCCGCGCAUUCUCUCAUUUCCUCCUCCUGGCAACGCUGGUCGUUGGCUGUGCUUUCAUCGUUUUUGUCUACCUCUUCAAUGCCCAACCCGUUACGCAACGUGGUCCAUCCAAGUCGAAUUCCGAGAACCAGAUUGCGCCUCUUACAUCCAGUAAUUUCCGCCGACAGGCCUGGCUCACGAGCAUGCAACGAGUCGGCGUUCCACGUCACAGGUUCUUCCGGGAGUGGUAUGUCGUCACUUCGAGAUGCUUCGAGUAUGUGUUGCGCUGCAUGAUGGGUUGGAAGCUGUACUCCUGGGCCACAGGGAUUACCGAGGAGGAUGAGAGGGGCCGUGUGAAAACUUGGGAUAUCGCCAUUGAUGCACAACUCACAGGUGGGGAUGCUGAAGUUAGCAAGAGCCGCCUCGUGCUCACUAUAUUUGCUGCUGGCACUCUCCCUACCAGCCCCAUGAGAAUGAUCUUGAAGGCCUUGCAUGUCCGUGUUCUUCUCUGGUGUGUCGGAGAGCCAGGCUCUUGGUCAUUCCAUAUGUCCAACGACAUUGCUCGGUCUCUCGCACGAUUCCAGUGGGAGGUUGCUCGUGACCUUAACAAUGCCUUGCCUGAGACGCACCCUGACCGGCUCCCCAGUCACCUUGCAGCCCUAGUCAAGUUAGAUUGCGAGGAAGUUAUGAUUGAUACUAUUAUUCAACGUGCAGUCAACUUGACCUGGAACCGGCCAACUCAAGAGGGUACCGGUGAUGAAGAGGUACUCCUCGACGUUGUGGAAGAGGAUCCUGCCAUUCAAUGUUCUCAAGACGCACUCGCCGCCUGGUGGUCCAGCCAUCUUCUGCAAACCGCUCUGCUCAACUAUUUCGAAGCAAGCGAGAAGGGUCCCGUCUCCAAGGCAAGCCGCGAUGCCUUCAAGGAGAAGAUUCGCAUGUCUCUCGACGUAGCGCCCCGGCUGUCUGCGGCAUACACCCGUGCCCUGGUGAUGAAAGCAGUCUUCUUUGAACAACACCGCGUCGAAAAUGUCGGUGCAGUCCUUGCAGCUCUGCCCAAGGAGAAGAGAAAGGGAAGCCAAAGCCAUGCGUCCAACUUCCUAGAUUCCUCUAUUCCCGUUUCCGUUCGCGAUGAAAUCUCCAUCGCGGUACGCUGUGCUAUGAUUGCUGCCAUCGUCACAGCACGAUCCAAUGGCGACUUCACCUCAUUGCCCGAAUUCUUCACCAUCCAAAAGGCCAUCAACUGGUUCAACCAGCUACCGAUUGACCCGGUUGAACUGUCCCUCCUCGGCUUCUCAGCAGUCUACCAUCUUCUUCACCUCCUCGCUUCCGACGUAGAUUACAUCGCGUCAUCCGAUUCAUCCUCACCAUCCACCCCCGUCUCAGAAGCAACCUCUUCUGCCGACGACGAAGCCGAAGAAAAGCCCCGCCCAACCCGCAAGCUCUCCAUCUGUCCCCGCGACAUCCCAAACCUCGGCCGUGUAUCCGCCGAACUCAUCUACUGGGCCCGAAACGCCUACAACCCGGCUUUUUAUGGGUUCUCACCUACCCUCGUCGAGGUAGUCGUCAAUUCCUGCACAGCAAUUUGCCGGAAUGCAGGUAUAAACGUCGACGAUUAUGUCCACACAGCACCGGACAAGAACCGCUCAAAAAGACGCAAGCACCGUCGUCGCAGGGCCGGCUCUAAUGAGUCCUCUCAAAGCGACGCUGACCAAGAUAUGUCCGCCUCCAAUGUUGGCAAGCCGCUUCGUCGCGAGAGAUCUGCUAGCAAUGACACGGGUUACGGCAGCCUUUCUGUUGAGGAGGAAUUGCAUUGUAUCCCCCAGGUCCACGCCCACGCUCAGGCCCCUGUUACUGUGCAAGAGGUCACUGAAUAA